UUUCAGAAUAUAAUAAUAGAUAGCAAAGGUAGUAUUAUGUGCUGAGAUAACAUUGUUGCUCAGAAAAGUGGGAUUUCAAGCAGAAAGACAGUGCAAUAGCAGAUUUUCUUCAGAAGUAGAAUGGCAGAAGAGACUGACAGUGGUUUAGACGAAUCAUUUGAAAUUUUAGACAUUCGUGGAACAGCUGGUGGACCAUUAGGCACAGUGAUGAACACUGUGACGCAAUACUUGGACAAAUAUCCGACGACAACAAGAGUUGUUCUUGGUGGCACUGGCGGUUAUGUUACUGGAUAUGUGUUUAAAACGGUUGGGAAGACAGCGGCAAGUGCGGUAGGAGGGGGGCUACUUUUGAUUCAAAUCGCACAUAAAGCUGGUUAUAUCACAAUCAACACGUCACGCUUGAAUAGAGAUGCAAGAAGAUUUGAACGCAGGGUACGAAAUGAGAUGAGACGAAAUGAAUCAGCAUUCACAAACUUUGCAAGAAGGGGUGAAGAAUUUGUCCGAAAUAACUCGCCAGCUGCGCUCGGGUUCGCUGCUGGGUUUUUAAUCGGGCUCUCAACUUGAGAUUUAUUUCUAAAUACUGAUAAUGCAUGUUGCUUCCAGGGUAGACACUAGGUGUAGUGAAGCUAUCCAAUAAAGUAAAAUAAAAAUAUUUGUUAGAUUUGAUCUUGCCUGCUUUAUUUGGAUAUUUACAUUUCUUUAUUGUUCAAAGAUUGCGAUGCUAUCCACAUAUUUCAAUGUGUUUUUUAAAUAAACUUAAAAACCUUAUUGUUUGGGCUGCCUUUUACCAAAAACAAACAUGACUUUGCCACAUAAAAUAAAUUAAAACACCACAGAUAUAUGUGAAAAAUGAUUUCCUGCACAAAGGCCCUUUUCAACUGUGAACUUGUGUAUUAUAUGAGGAAUAAUUACUCAACCUAUGCUUGAUUUUCGGUGUUUGUCCAUAUAGUCCAGGGGUGGGCCAACCGAAGUGUUUCAUGCCCAAGACUAUAUAUUUAAGGAUAUAAAUUUUCGAUUAAAAUAUUGAUGAUUGAGUUCGGCCCAGGAACUAAGUCUUUUCAUUGUCUAUAACUGGCCGACUCAGAAAAGAUUGCCCAACUCUGAUAUCACUCAUAUCUGAUGCAAAGAUGAGCAUUUUAUUGGCGUUUAAAUGAAAAUAAACAAUUGUUACUGAAAUCCAACAACCACUUUUGAAGCAAUAAUUUACUUGUAUUUGUCUAAAUCUUUCAUUUAUGUGUCUGAGCAGUUGAAAUUUGCCUAAUUUUGAAAGUGUGAGAAAUAAAUUUUACGGAACAUAA